UUCAAUAGAAAGUGGUUGUGCUGAGCUCAGCAUCCCGGUUUGGUUUCACCACGACAGACGGAGGCGACUUUACGGCACCGUGCGUCACACACGUCGCUCAGCAGAAGCAGCUGCACGAAGCGUCCGGUCUCUGCAGACGCGCUGGCCGGCGAUCAACGGAGCGACCGCGGACUGAUGGAAAACACGAGACGUCAUGAAAGAGAUUGACUCUGAGGGGGGAGAGGAAGAUGACAAUUGUGAAGAGCAGGCCCCAAUAAGGCGUAGCUUCUCGGUGGAAGACCUCCUCGAUGAGGUGGAGAAGAUCUGCUACGAUGCCUCUGGGACGUCGAAGGUGGAGAUGGUGGUGAGGCUGUGGAAGGACGGCUUCACCGUCAACGACCAGGAGUUCCGCAGCUACUCCGUUCCCGAGAAUCAAGACUUCCUGGACUCCAUCAAAAGGGGGGAGCUCCCGAAGGAGUGGGAGAGCCGAGCAGAGGAGGAGGAGCUGGAGAUCAGUGUGGAGGAUCUGACGGAGGAAAACUACGUUCCCAGGCGAAAGGCCUUUCACCCCUUCAGCGGCCGAGGGUACCGACUUGGCAGUGUCGCCCCCAGAGUUGUGGCCAGGUCACCGUCUGUGCACGAGGAUGGAGAAUCUCCUCCUAUUCCCAUGGUAACACUAGACCACGCCCUUCCUGUUACCUCCCUGCAGAUCUGGUUGGCCGACGGCAGGAGAUUGGUGCAGAGGUUUAACCUAUCGCAUCGGAUCGCGGACGUCCAGGACUUUGUGGCGCGCUGCCAGCGGAGCUGCCCCCCCUUCGUCCUGACCACGUCGGUGCCAUUCCGGGAUCUCGGCGACAAGGAGCUGAGUCUGGGAGAGGCCGACUUGGCCAACGCCGUCAUCGUCCAGAGACCCCUGGACACACAGGCUCCGUUUGGACACUCCUGACUAAACGGGACACCACCCCACCCCAACCGCCAUAAUGCACACCGCACACCACUCGCACGCUCACUGACACCUCACCAAGAACCCGAUGCCCCCCCUCCCUCCCCCUCCCCCAUCUUACGCUGCAUGUUAACGUUGUCCCGUUGGUGGGAUUAUUGCUGUUGUCUCAGGGCCUUCGUCGUCUUCUCCCAAAUCAAAGUGAGGCAAACGAAUUCUGUCGCCCGGGCAGAUGUGGUGGUCUACCGCAUGAAGCCCCCCCCCCACCCUCACACCCUCACACAGUCACACAGCCACACACACCCCUUCACUACCAGCACCACCCACCAACUCUCUUAAGUCUUCCCAAACUGUGAUCACCAGUUUUUUUUCUGCACUAUUCCCAGUCAAAUAAACGAAUUAUUAAGUGGCUGAUA